AUGAGCGUCUCCAACGGCAAGUUUGAAUCAACCUCCUUCUCCCACGAAAAGAUUCCGGCAUCGCAGCUGUUUGACGUGAUCAACGAACAGCUCUCGGAUAACCCGGACGAGGUCAAGGACGCCAUCAAGAAAGGCAAUGGCAUCUUUGCCUUUACCAUCAAGGGAAAUUCGGGGGUGACAGACAGCUGGCACGUCGACCUCAAGUCUACUGGCCGCGUGGGUAAGGGCAUUGGCGAGAAGCCUAACGUCACGUUUAUUCUCGACGAGGACAAUUUUACAAAGCUGUUUUUGGGCGAGGCAAAUGCGCAGAAUCUCUUCAUGACGGGCAAGCUGAAGAUCAAGGGCAAUAUUGUGAAGGCGCUUGCUUUGCAGCCAGUCUUGCAGGUUGUACGUGUCAAGGCUAAGCUGUAG